AGAUAUAGAAAUUGGAGAAGAGAUCCUCUAUGAUUAUGGUCUGAAAAAAAGCCAGUUGCCCUGGAAACAGUGAAAAGAGAUGAAAAAUAUGCAAUAAUGCUGUCAGGAUUUUCCACUGAAGACAAGAAAACACUUGAAAAAUUGAAUAGACAUGGUCAACAGGCUAAUCUUGUUCUGCGUGAAAUUACUUUCAUUGAAGAAGCUGACAACAGUCUUUCUCAUUUGAUAGUAAAAACAGUACCAGAAAACAACCUUAUUUGUGAAAGAACACUUAAAUAUUUCCAAGCAAUUGCAAGAAAGGUGUGGGUGGUGAAUAUGAAUUGGUUGAUGCACAGUAUCAAGGCUGGCCGUCUGUUACCUGAGGAAGCUUAUGAGAUACAAGGAGACAACAUAAUUGGAAGGCAUUAUGGACCGAAGUCAGCUAGAACAUCAUCACCGAUAUUGCAGGGGUAUAAAUUCCAGUUGGUAACAGGAGAAAACCCAGAAAUUUCAUAUGAGAGUGUACAUGACCUAAUACUAAGAUGUGGUGGUAUAGUGGUGGAUGGAGUUUCAUGCCUUAAUCCAAAAGAAGUAAUCUUGGUCCUUUCCAAGUGCACAAAGUGGUUUUCAUCAAAUGUUUUAGAUGUAACUUGGCUACUGGACACAGUUUCAACUAAUGUCCUCCAGCCAUAUUCUGAUUACACUAAAGAUCAUACAGAUGUCAUUGACACACCACAGGAACCUAAAGAUGCCAUAGAAUUGGCACAGGAUCCUAAAGAUGUCAUGGAAACACCACAGGAUCCUAAAGAUGUCAUGGAAACACCACAGGAUCCUAAAGAUGUCAUGGAAACACCACAGGAUCCUAAAGAGGUCAUGGAAACACCACAGGAUCCUAAAGAUGUCAUGGAAACACCGCAGGAUCUUAAAGAUAUCAUGGAAACACCACAGGACAUUACAGAUGUCAUGGAAACACCACAGGAUCCUAAAGAUGUCAUGGAAACACUACAGGACAUUACAGAUGUUAUGGAAACACCACAGGAUCCUAAAGAGGUCAUGGAAACACCACAGGAUCCUAAAGAUGUCAUGGAAACACCGCAGGAUCCUAAAGAUAUCAUGGAAACACCACAGGACAUUACAGAUGUCAUGGAAACACCACAGGAUCCUAAAGAUGUCAUGGAAACACCACAGGAUCCUAAAGAUGUCAUGGAAACACCGCAGGACAUUACAGAUGUCAUGGAAACACCACAGGAUCCUAAAGAUGUCAUGGAAACACUACAGGACAUAACAGAUGUUAUGGAAACACCACAGGAUCCUAAAGAGGUCAUGGAAACACCACAGGAUCCUAAAGAUGUCAUGGAAACACCGCAGGAUCCUAAAGAUGUCAUGGAAACACCGCAGGAUCCUAAAGAUGUCAUGGAAACACCGCAGGAUCCUACAAAUAUUAUUGACCCACUACAGGAUCUUGAAUUUGUCAUUGAAACACCACAGGAUCCUAAAGAUGUCAUGGAAACACCACAGGAUCCUAAAGAUAUCAUGGAAACACUGCAGGACAUUACAAAUGUCAUGGAAACACCACAGGAUACUACAGAUGUCAUGGAAACACCACAGGAUCCUAAAGAUGUCAUGGAAACACCACAGGACAUUACAGAUGUCAUGGAAACACCACAGGAUACUACAGAUGUCAUGGAAACACCACAGGAUCCUAAAGAUGUCAUGGAAACACCACAGGAUCCCAAAGAUGUCAUUAACAUGCAACAAGGAGGUAAAAGGCGGGGUUGUAAAAGAAAGUGCAUACAGGACCAUGAAAAUGAAGCACAUGAUGACAUAGACUAUGACACAGAUAAUAGCAUACAUACAGAUAAUGAUUCAGACUAUGAGCCAUCUGAUUAUGAUGAGGAUAUGAUUGAUGAGGAUGAAAAUAUAUAUUCAAGUGAUGACAGCAGCAUAAGUGAAGAUAGGAACAGAAACACACAGGUGGUAAAUGAUUGGGAAAAAACUGACCAGAUGAUAGUACCAAGCAGUGAAAGAGAGGAUGAGGAAGUUAAUUCCGUCAUAUUUGGGAAUGUUCUAAAGGAAGGAAUAACCAUUCAACAGUCAACUGUUGAGGGGAAGAGUAGAGAACAAAAGAGGCAGUGCUGUGUUUAUUGUGACAAAUUGAUAACAACACUGUCCAGGCAUAUGGAAAGGAAACAUUCCAAUGAAGAACAGGUAGCUAAAAUUCUAAUGAUGCCAAAGAAGUCGAGCGCGAGACGAUAUGCAUGGGAAUCACUUCUUGCAAAAGGAAAUUAUAAUCAUAAUUAUGAAGUUCUGGAAAAAGGCAAAGGAACUUUAAUAACAAAAUAUCGCCCUAGAAAGGGAGAAGUGAAAGAAGCCAACAAGUAUGUUCCAUGUGAUAGCUGCUACUCCUUCUUCAUUGCUACAGAUUUAUGGAAGCAUAAAAGAUCAUGCUCAGGUGCUUGUGGAAAAAGACAACAUGUCAAAGGAGGGUCUAUUCAUGAUGGAAAAUUACUUCUGCCUUUAACAAGUCCAUCGAAGGGACUAUACAAAGAUGUACUGAUGAAUUUGAGGGAUGAUGAAAUUGGUGCUAAGUUGCAAAAUGAUGAACAUAUCUUGAAAUUUGGAGAGCGCUUGUACGAGAAAAUUGGUCAUUUACAGCAAAAUCACCAGUACAUUUCACAAAGAAUGCGUCAGUUAUCCCGGCUGCUUAUUCAAAUGAAAGACAUUGACCCAGCAAUUAAAUCCGUUGAACAGUGUAUUUCUCCAGAAAAUUGGGAGUCACUCCUUCGAGCUGUUAAAUGCGUUUCUGGACUGAAUGAAGAGACUGGUUUUUAUGACACUCCAUCUCUGCCUUUAAAACUAGGGCACAGUCUUCAAAAGUGUGCAAAGAUAUUGAAAAGUGAAGGAACAAUUGAACAAAAUAGGAGCAAACAAGAAAAAGCAGAAAGUUUUUUGAGUUUGUACAAUGACGAUUGGAAUGACAGAGUGUCUGCAAAAGCUCUCACAACUCUUCAUGUUAAGAAAUUCAACAACGUGAAAUUACUCCCCUCUGUUGAGGAUUUGUCAGUGUUUCACCAUUAUCUUGAGGAGGAGGCAGAGAAGCUAACUAAGGAUGAAAAUUCAAACUUCAAUGAACUUACAGAAGUGUGCUUGGCCCAAGUCAUUUCCUUCAAUCGUAAAAGGAGUGGAGAAGCAGAAAGGAUCAAGAUGGAUGAUUAUAAAUCUAGUAGUAAGAGUGAAAUUGAUAAAGAGAUUUCCAAUGCCCUGAGUAAGUUUGAGGUUGCACUCUUGCAAAGGCAUAGUAGAAUAGAAAUCAUGGGAAAAAAGGGUUCCAAGGUUCCAAUACUAUUAACAACAGCCAUGAAAAAGAACAUUGAUGCAAUGCUUUCGAGAAGAACAUUUGAUUCCAACUACGUUUUUGCAAAGGCAGAUUCAAAAUACCCUGUUAGAGGUACAGACGUUCUUCGAAAACUGAGCCAGAAAUCUGGAUGUAAGCAUCCACAUCUCAUUCGCUCCACAGCCAUGAGGAAACAAUUGGCCACUGUAUCACAAGUACUAAACCUAUCAAACACUGACCAAGACCUGCUGGCUACAUUUUUAGGCCACGAUAUAAGAGUACAUAGGGAGUACUAUAGGCUGCCAGAGAGUACACUAGAAAUUGCAAAAGUAUCAAAAAUUCUCCAUGCUGUUAAUGAAGGAAAUGUUGCAAGUCUACAGGGAAAAUCCCUGGAUGAAAUACAGUAUGAAGACACAGAUGUUGAUGCUGAGGUGCAUGAUGAGGACAGUGAGGACGAGGAGAUUGAAAGAGAGGAUGAUGCUGAGGUUGUUGGUGACAGUGAAAAAGAUGUCCAUAAGGAAGCUGAUUCAGGCCAAAAAUGGAGGGCAGGGGGGCUAAGGCGCAAGUCCUUUGUUCGGAAGCCGUGGACAUCUUCAGAAAAGGCUGCAGUUAAGCGGCAGCUAGGCAACCAUCUUCUCUUGAAAACACUACCGGGAAAGGCCAACUGUGAAGAGGUCCUUCGAAAAGAGCAUGUAUUGCAUGAAAGGACCUGGAAACAAUUAAAGGACUACAUCAGGAAUUGUAACAUCGUCAGAAGAUAGUUAAAAGUGUUAAAAACUAUGGUGUCAACUUAAAAGACUUACGGUAAACCUUUGGUUAGAUAGAACAAAAUUAAAUAAAUAUGGAAGAACCUGUUCGAAUUACUCGAAAUUAUGCUUCUGAAAAUAUGAGCGACUUUGAACUAUCCGAGUCGAUAUCGACGAAAAUCUCAGCAGAGUAAAAUCAUUAGAAACAAACACAUCCAUUGUAAAUCUGAACAUUCAUAAAUAAGUAAAAUUAUCAUAUUUUAUUUAAUUCAAUGUUAAUUUGUUGUUAAACGUUCCUCAUUUCGCAGUAAUUACUAUGGUUAUUGCAUGAAACUGCUCGGGCAAUUCGUAGCUAUAGGCCCCAAAACAGUACACGUUUCAUUUGUGACUCCAAGGUUAAACAUUUGUACAGUGUCUGUUGGUUAUAUUUUUUAUUUGAUAAAUGUUGAUAAAAUUAGGUUAGAACAUCAACAUGUCUGCUUUCAAAUAUGCCCAGUCGUAUUUUCUACCAAACUCAAAUUAUCCAUCGCUAAUUGGGACACAUGUGGAUUGUUUUGAGUGCAUAAUUAUGAAUGGAUAUCUUGUCACUCAGCAUGACCUGGAGGGCGAUCCUCAAAACUUCGCGUGGCCUGCCUAUCUAGCUUGAGGUCGCAGGUUUUCUGGUAAUACCUGGAUUUGCAAUAAUUAAGAGAUGUCCAGUCACAAUUAAAUAAUCAAAAUGCUAAGUGAACUCUAUAUUUAAAAAUACAUAGAUGAUUCCUUAGUUUGCCAAUACAAAUGUCGCAUGUUAUUUAUACAUUGUCGGGGCCUAAAUUUGCAAUCAGCUGUCGUGUGUGUGGCAUAUUUUGCAAUGUAAAAAACUGAAUUAACGCUAAAAUGUGGGACAUAUAUUCAUGUGUUUUUGUUUCUGUCAUGCAUAUAAUCUAACUGCCUGUUUAUCAAAUUUAAGUCUUAUUUAGGCAAUUUUCUUGGCCAGUCACUGUCGCGAGCUUUAUAUGGAGUUAGCUGGAAAAAUUCUUACUUUACGUUCUUCAUUAGACAAGUUCAAACUAUUCGAUAUAGUGUUAGUUAUAAACAAACAGAUUUCAAACUAUUACUAGCUAAAAAAAUAUUGUUUUUCUAGAAAAAAAUGUGUGUUUGAACUAACCGCGUGUUCAAACUAACCGGAGGUUUACCGUAUACUGGAGUGUUAUCAAUGUAGACUUGAUGAUAUGACCAGUUAUAUUAUUGUUCGUUUUUAUUAUUGUUUGUUUUUAGUUAACAGUGUUUUUAAUGCUGUUAUGGCAAAAUCAUGCAGAAAAAAAUAUGUGAUUUCUUCGCAUUUUACCGUUUUGUGUACUGAACUUUUUUGGCACCCAAACCCACUUUAAAGUUUUGGGGGUACAUUUUUGGUCCUAAAGUAUAAACCUCACACCCUUCAAGUUUAGUUCAUACAUUUAUUAGAGGUCUAGAAGUGAUGUUAUGACUGACAAAAUCAUGCAGAAAAAAAUAAGAUUUUUUUGCAUUUUACCAUUAUGUGGACUUAACUUUUUUGAGGGGAGUCCAAAAAGUGUACACUUUAUACCCUUCUUAUUUGGUUAUUAGAGGUCCAGAAGUGAUGUUAUGACAAAAUUUUUUCGCAUGUUACCAUUUUGUCGAGUUAACUUUUUUGUCACCAAAACCCACUUUAAAGUUUUUGAUUUGAAGUCUAAAACCAUAUGCCUCACACUGUUUUAUAUUUAUAGGACUACAUGAGAUAUAACUGCAAAGUAAUGGGGAAAUAUUUGAUGACAAUAUUUUUUUUUUUUUUUUGCAUUUAAUGAUAUUGUUCACUUAUUUGGUCUUUGCAUUUUACAAAAUGAGUGUAUGGCGUGAUUGCUGUUGCCGGUGACCUUUGCAAUCAUUGAUUGCACUUGUUUGACAAUGCUGUUACCUUCUGUAGUUAUGAUCAGCAACUUGUAUGUUUUUGACAAAUUCUUUUCAACCUAAUUGUUUGUAUGAUAAUUACCUUAAAACUCUAGGUUCUUAACUAUGCAUCACUUAUUAGAGGUCUAAGAUUUAUGUAACAAUAAAUAAUCUUGAAAUUAUUUUGUGAUUUUUGCAAAUUUUACAAUGUUUUUUUUAAACUUUUUUUGGCAUUAAAUGUUCUCCUUAGAUUUCUUGUAUUAAUUAAGGAUUAUAAAGAUAAUCCAUGUUUUUGACGACAAAUAAUUACUACAUAAGGAGGUGCCAUAUCAUAUCCGUAAUAUUUCUAACAACAUAUCUCUUACGUCAGUAUGUGCCGUAACCAGGGUAUGGUUGAGGGGGCCUGAUCAAAGGGGGUUCCGUCAGAGAAGUCCAGAGUCGGGGCCAACAUUUCCCUGUCACUGAUUGGUCAGUUGGCUCAAGUUCAAGUUCAAGUUCAUUUAUUACUUUGAGUCUUGUACGACUCAUCAGUGUAAACAUAUGAUAUACAGGAUAUUUACAUAUAUACAAAAUGUUAAAUUGACCACAGGAGAAUGAACAAAGCAAUAAUAUAAUAUAAUAGUAACAUCAAUCAAUACUAUUAUUACAAUAUAUUUAUAUAUAUCUCAUGCUUGUGAUCGGCACAACGUUCCACAAUGUGCGGUGUGCGCACGCACGAUGUGCGCUCUGUGCGAUAAAGAUCGUGCAGGAAAAUGUGCGCACGAUGGGCGAUUGGAACGGUACAUGUGCGAUAUGUAACAUGGUCGAUAUAAAAUGAGGAACGCGUCUUCUAAUCAUUCAAACGUGUGGAACGAUUGUAAAAGAUAUACAACAAUUAGCAUUUUACGAGGCAGCUAACUACCAUAUUUUUGGUGAAAUAUAUGCAAUAAUUAUUGGGAAUGAAACUAAAUACUGAUGUAUAGUUAAAUAAGUUAUCUAAAUGAUUAUUACAGAACUUUCUAUAAUUUCCUCAGUCGUCGUCGAGGACACCACUAGGCCUUGGCGUGUCGAAGAAAUGUGUAUUCAGUGAGAUUAUAUACAGGCUAUUUAAUAUAUGUAGAACUAAACAACAGAUAAAACGACUUGUUAUGAAUAGAAACAUUUCUGUUGUGUUUAAAAAUACAUAAUAUAUGUAAUUUAUAUAUUAAGUAAGAUAACUAAUUGUAGUGAUGUCUGUCUACCAUUCUGGUACAUGUACAUGUAGAAGUAUCACCAGGCCGUUGAAUACUUGCGAGACAAAAUGACGGUACUUAAAUGGCAAAAAAAUAACAGGUCAUACAUGUUCCAUGAAUGAAAACAAUUGUUAUGCAGCACAUAUAUAUAAACGCGACCAUCUUAUAUCAUAACUUUAAUUUUUUCGUAUAUCUUUUCGUAUAACUAGUUAUUCUGUAAUAUUCAUAACCUAUCGUUAGCUGUGCGGUUUGUAUCGCACAGUUACACAACUGUAUAUACUAUUUGUCAAAGGAAGGCUGUCUCUAUAUGGUAUCUUUAAGAUUGUCUGCACGGUGUGUGCACGAUGUUUUUGGAACGUUGUGCAAUCACACAACUGUAUAUACUAUUUGUCAAAGGAAGGCUGUCUCUAUAUGGUAUCUUUAAGAUUAAUUCUUGGUUAUAUUUGAAUAUUAUAAUUAUAAUUAUGGUCUUUAAAUAUUAAUUGUUUUGUACAGAUAAUAAUUCAUAAUUAAAUUCCCCAAAAAUGUGGAUACCCUUUACAAAUUCAGUCCUACAUAUUCUCUUCCGGCACUUGUACUAACACUUGUAUUUUCGCUACACAGUAGUUGAGGCAGGUGCAACUUCUCAGUACAAUUACAUACAGUGGGCAUAUCCCACUUCCGGCUCUUGUAGCACCACAUUCGUCUACCGAGUGGAGGGAUAUAGAUUCAAUAACUCUUCUGGCUCUUGUUGGCCUUGCAACAUAAACACGCUUAGCCAGCCAUUGGAUUUACUAGUUAAGAGCAGCAUUGUAGUGUUUUUAGAGGGUAGGAUAGCUCCUUAGUUUGCCCCUUUUGCCAAAAUUAUGAUGAUGUGAAAUUAUUGUGCAUGUGAUAUAUAUAUGAAUAGAUUGUUGUAUAUAAUGUACAAAACUCCUGAGUGAUUUGUUCUUCAUAAAAUCCAUGUAGUCAUGUUACAUUUUUAUGUGUUUAAAUUAUAUUCUCAUAUGCUUAAACCAUUCUUUUGAUUGUAUUUGAUUUCAUUUUUGAAUCUGAUUAAAGUAGUGAAAUACUGAAAUAUUAGUUUUUUCAGCAUUUUCAAUGAUUUAGCAGGACAUGAUAUGAUUAGGUGAUUUGGUAACUGCUACCAAGAUCCUACUGCCAAUAUUUUGUGUACUAUUUAUCACACUGUGUCCUUAGACUUCAAUUGGUUAAAUUAUUCAAAAUCUCUACUUUUAAAAUAGUCAAUACAGAUUGAUUUUUGAACAUUCUUGUACAUAUUAUACAAAUUUAUAAUCCCUGUUUUUAAAAAAUGAAUUUAGUAAUGCUCAACAUGAUAGUUCAUCAUUCAACUAUUGGUUCAUAUUAGUAGGAACCUGCACAGAAGCUGUCAUUUUGUAGAUACACGGAAGGAUAAGCUUCUAUAUAGAAAGUGUGUAUCAGAUAUGGCUGUCAGUUGACAGUGUGUAUCAGAUAUGGCUGUCAGUUGACAAUGUGUAUCAGAUAUAGCUGUCAUUUCACAAUGUGUGUCAGAUGUGGCUGUCAAUUGACAGUGUGUAUCAGAUAUGGCUGUCUGUUGAUGGUGUAUCAGAUAUGGCUGUCAGUUGACAGUGUGUAUCAGAUAUGGCUGUCAGUUGACAGUGUGUAUCA